CUUGAAUGAAUCGAUGUUGGUUUUGGACCAACAGCCUUUUCAAUAGAUUCAGCACCCACCUUUGCCACAGAACUGUGAGACUAUGCCCAGGGGCCUUGGCACUCUGCCCAAAAAGAGCCCUUUGAAUUCAUUCCCUCUCACCUGGCUUUCAUCAGCUACAGGUCUAGCAUUUCCACAGUUAUUUCAAUGUAGGAAAAUGGCCUUAAACGCCAUACCUCUGGAACUUGUAAACCAGGUUACAUUGUGAGGGCAUUGGACGUUAUCAAUUGCUGAUUUGCAUUGAACUCCCUUGCCAGCUUUUUUGCUAAUGCUUGUGUUGAACCUGCAGCAACCCACCCCUGAGUAAGGAGAUGCUGCCCCCUGGAGACUGGAUGUGUCAUCGCUGCAUGGUGCGCAGGAAGGUGAGUCAAGUCUCUGAUAAAACAUGGGAGGAAUAACCUUUUGUUUGUGAAGUGUUAUGAUGACAGCUUCAUUUAUCUGGAUAAGUGACCUACUUUUUGUGUGUAUGUACUGAUAUGUACACUACAUGACCAAAUAUGGAGUUGUUCCCCCCUUUGCUGCUGUAACAGCCUCUACUCUUCUGGGAAGGCUUUUCACUAGAUGUUGGAACAUUGCUGCAGGGACUUGCUUCCAUUCAGCCACGAGCAUAAGUGAGGUUGGGCACUGAUGCUGGGCGAUUAGGCCUGGUUCGCAGUCGGCGUUCCAAUUAAUCCCAAAGGUGUUCGAUGGGGUUGAGGUCAGGGCUCUGUGCAGUCCAGUCAUGUUCUUCCACACCGAUCUCUAAAAAAAAAAACAAUUUCUGUAUGGACCUCGCUUUGUGCACAGGGGCAUUGUCAUGCUGAAACAGGAAAAGGCGUUCCCCAAACUGUUGCCAAGAAGUUGGAAGCACAUAAUCGUCUAGAAUGUCAUUAUAUGCUGUAGCAUUAAGAUUUCCCUUCACUGGAACUAAGGGGCCUAGCCCAAACAAUGGAAAAACAACACCAGACCAUUAUUGCUCUUCCACCAAACUUUACAGUUGGCAUUAUGCAUUCGGGCAGGUAGCGUUCUCCUGGCAUCCGCCAAACCCAGAUUUGUCCGUCGGACUGCCAGAUGGUGAAGCGUGAUUCAUCACUCCAAAGAACGUGUUUCCACUGUUCCAGAGUCCAAUGGCGGUGAGCUUUACACCACUCCAGCCGACGAUUGGCAUUGUGCAUGGUGAUCUUAGGCUUGUGUGCGGCUACUCGGCCAUGGAAACCCAUUUCAUGAGGCUCCCGACGAACAGUUCUUGUGCUGACGUUGCUUCGAGAGGCAGUUUGGAACUCUGUAGUGAGUGUUGCAACUGAGGACAGAUUAUUUUUACACGCUACACGCUUCAGCACUCGGCAGUCCUGUUCUCUGAGCUUGUGUGGCCUACCACUUUGCGGCUGAGCUGUUGUUGCUCCUAGACGUUUCCACUUCACAAUAACAGCACUUACAGUUGACCGGGGCAGCUCUAGCAUGGCAGACAUUUUACGAACUGACUUAUUGGAAAGGUGGCAUCCUGUGACGGUGCCACGUUGAAAGUCACAGCUCUUCAGUAUGGGCCAUUCUACUGCUAAUGUUUGUCUAUGGAGAUUGCAUGGCUGUGUGCUCGACUUUAUACACCUGUCAGCAACUGGUGUGGCUGAAAUAGCUAAAUCCACUAAUUUGAAGGGGUGUCCACAUACUUUUGUAUAUAUAGUGUAUGUGGAACUGUUAGACGAGCACACAUGUUAAUAUUUUUUAAUUUAUAUAAAUUGUAAAGUCUUGUCUGUAAUGUCUUUUUCGUUAUACGUCAGACCCUAGUAAGACUAGCUGUCGCCAUUGGCGUCGGCUAAUGGAGAUCCUAAUAAAAAUCAAAAAUAGUUUGGUGAGACUAGUGUAACCAGGGCUGUUCAGACUGUUAACAUAUUGUGUUUCUUGUGUCAUAGAAGCGGGAGCUAAAGAAGGAGCAGAUUAAUGGUCUGCUGGAGCGCCAGUUGUCUAAGCAGUCUCCCUCCCCUGCAGCAGAGUUAGAGCUGGCCCCAGGCACCCUGAGGCUGGACCCCACGGCAGCAGUAGGAGGCACCACAGGCUUGAGGGCUGCAGCUGUGGCCCAGGUCCGUCUCCUGGAGAGGAGGCCCAGCAGCAGACCCAACACCCCCACCUCCACCGCCUCCACAGACACCGCCACGCCCUCGGAGCAGAAUGACAUGGAUGAUGACAUGCUAGACGUGGAGGACGACUCCCAGGGCUCGGAGCCCGAGAGCUCCACCCCACACCUCAAGAGGCCCUUUGAUCUUCUGAUCGCUGCUGCCAUGGAGAGGAACCCCACACAGUUCCAGCUCCCUAAUGAGCUCACCUGCACAACUGCACUUCCAGGAACCAGUAAAAAAAGAAGGAGAGAUGAGAUGACAGGAAAGAAUGUGAAGCGACCGCAGCAUGAGCUGGACCACAAUGGGCUGGUCCCACUACCAGUGAAGGUCUGCUAUCCCUGUGGCAGGUACGGACAACAAUGUUUUAAUAACCAAAUAUCAGUGCCUUUCUUUUAACUAACUGGGAUUUUUGGGCACCAGAUGUUACAUACAUUACUAGGCUUUGAGAACAAAUCCGUAAAGGAGAUAUGUUAUCCAAUUAUAUGCAGAUCACACACUAUUUCACAGCUGUUUACACUCAUGAAAAAGGCAUUGAAAUAAUUGCAUGAUUUACUAUGAAAAUGUACAAUAUACUAAGGUUGGACGUUAUCAAGAUUUUCAUACAUCAUACCGUUUCUGUACCGUACAGGGGUAUACGGUAUUACUGGAAGUGCACACAAGGGGCGCUGUGUGUGUGAUAUAUAUAUAUAUAUAUAUACACUGCUCAAAAAAAUAAAGGGAACACUAAAAUAACACAUCCUAGAUCUGAAUGAAUGAAAUAAUCUUAUUAAAUACUUUUUUCUUUACAUAGUUGAAUGUGCUGACAACAAAAUCACACAAAAAUUAUCAAUGGAAAUCAAAUGUAUCAACGCAUGGAGGUCUGGAUUUGGAGUCACCCUCAAAAUUAAAGUGGAAAACCACACUACAGGCUGAUCCAACUUUGAUGUAAUGUCCUUAAAACAAGUCAAAAUGAGGCUCAGUAGUGUGUGUGGCCUCCACGUGCCUGUAUGACCUCCCUACAAUGCCUGGGCAUGCUCCUGAUGAGGUGGCGGAUGGUCUCCUGAGGGAUCUCCUCCCAGACCUGGACUAAAGCAUCCGCCAACUCCUGGACAGUCUGUGGUGCAACGUGGCGUUGGUGGAUGGAGCGAGACAUGAUGUCCCAGAUGUGCUCAAUUGGAUUCAGGUCUGGGGAACGGGCGGGCCAGUCCAUAGCAUCAAUGCCUUCCUCUUGGAGGAACUGCUGACACACCCCAGCCACAUGAGGUCUAGCAUUGUCUUGCAUUAGGAGGAACCCAGGGCCAACCGCACCAGCAUAUGGUCUCACAAGGGGUCUGAGGAUCUCAUCUCGGUACCUAAUGGCAGUCAGGCUACCUCUGGCGAGCACAUGGAGGGCUGUGCGCCCCCCAAAGAAAUGCCACCCCUCACCAUGACUGACCCACCGCCAAACCGGUCAUGCUGGAGGAUGUUGCAGGCAGCAGAACGUUCUCCACGGCGUCUCCAGACUCUGUCACAUGCUCAGUGUGAACCUGCUUUCAUCUGUGAAGAGCACAGGGCGCCAGUGGCGAAUUUGCCAAUCUUGGUGUUCUCUGGCAAAUGCCAAACGUCCUGCAUGGUGUUGGGCUGUAAGCACAACCCCCACCUGUGGACAUCGGGCCCUCAUACCACCCUCAUGGAGUCUGUUUCUGACCGUUUGAGCAGACACAUGCACAUUUGUGGCCUGCUGGAGGUCAUUUUGCAGGGCUCUGGCAGUGCUCCCCCUGCUCCUCCUUGCACAAAGGCAGAGGUAGCAGUCCUGCUGCUGGGUUGUUGCCCUCCUACGGCCUCCUCCACGUCUCCUGAUGUACUGGCCUGUCUCCUGGUAGCGCCUCCAUGCUCUGGAACACUACGCUGACAGACACAGCAAACCUUCUUGCCACAGCUCGCAUUGAUGUGCCAUCCUGGAUGAGCUGCACUACCUGAGCCACUUGUGUCGGUUGUAGACUCUGUCUCAUGCUACCACUAGAGUGAAAGCACCGCCAGCAUUUAAAAGUGACCAAAACAUCAGCCAGGAAGCAUAGGAACUGAGAAGUGGUCUGUGGUCACCACAUGCAAAACCAGUCCUUUAUUGGGGGUGUUUUGCUAAUUGCCUAUAAUUUCCGCCUGUUGUCUAUUCCAUUUGCACAACAGCAUGUGAAAUGUAUUGUCAAUCAGUGUUGCUUCCUAAGUGGACAGUUUGAUUUCACAAAAGUGUGAUUGACUUGGAGUUACAUUGUGUUGUUUAAGUGUUCCCUUUAUUUUUUUGAGCAGUGUAUAUAUAUACACCUACUCAUUCAAUGGUUUUUCUUUAUUUUUACUAUUUUCUACAGAAUAUAUUGUAGAAUAAUAGUGAAGACAUCAAACUAUGAAAUAACACAUAUGGAAUCAUGUAGUAACCAAAAAAGUGUUAAACAAAUCAAAAUAUAUUUUAUAUUUGAGAUUCUUCAAAUAGCCACCCUUUGCCUUGAUGACAGCUUUGCACACUCUUGGCAUUCUCUCAACCAGCUUCACCUGGAAUGCAUUUGCUACAGUAUUGAAGGACUUCCCACAUAUGCUGAGCACUUGUUGGCUGCUUUCCCUUCACUCUGCCUUCUGACUCAUCCCAAACCAUCUCAAUUGGGUUGAGGUCGGGGGAUUGUGGAGGCCAGGUCAUCUGAUGCAGCACUCCAUCACGCUCCUUCUUGGCAAAAUAGCCCUUACACAGCCUGGAGGUUUGUUGGGUCAUUGUCCUGUUGAAAAACAAAUGAUAGUCCCACUAAGCACAAACCAGAUGGGAUGGUGUAUCGCUGCAGAAUGCUGUGGUAGCCAUGCUGGUUAAGUGUGCCUUGAAUUCUAAAUAAAUCACAGACCGUGUCAGCAGCAAAGCACCCCCAGACCAUAACACCUCCUCCUCCAUGCUUUACGGUGGGAGCUACACAUGCGGAGAUCAUUCGUUCACCCACACCAUGUCUCACAAAGACACGGCGGUUGGAACCAAAAAUCUCAAAUUUGGACUCCCAAGGACACAUUUCCACCGGCCUAAUGUCCAUUGCUCGUGUUUCUUGGCCCAAGCAGGUCUCUUCUUCUUAUUGGUGUCCUUUAGUAGUGGUUUCUUUUCAGUGAUUCGACCAUGAAGGCCUGAUUCACACAGUCCCCUCUGAACAGUUGAUGUUUUUUUUGUUUUUUUUUGUCAUUUAGCAGACGCUCUUAUCCAGAGCGACUUACAGGAGCAAUUAGGGUUAAGUGCCUUGCUCAAGGGCACAUCGACAGAUUUUUCACCUAGUUUGCUCGGGGAUUAGAACCAGCGACCUUUCGGUUACUGGCACAACGCUCUUAACCUCUAAGCUACCUGCCGCGUUGAGAUGUGUCUGUGACUUCAACUCUGUGAAGCAUUUAUCUGGGCUACAAGUUCUGAGGCUGGUAACUAAUGAACUUAUCCUCUGCAGCAGAGGUAACUCUGGGUCUUCCAUUCCUGUGGCCGUCCUCAUGAGAGCCAGUUUCAUCAUAGCGCUUGAUGGUUUUUGCGACUUCACUUGAAGAAACUUUCAAAGUUCUUGAAAUGUUCUGUAUUGGCUGACCUUCAUGUCUUUUAAAGUAAUGAUGGACUGUCGUUUCUCUUUGCAUAUUUGAGCUGUUAUUGCCAUAAUAUGGACUUGGUCUUUUACCAAAUAGGGCUAUCUUGUGUAUACCCCCCUACCUUGUCACAACACAACUGAUUGGCUAAAACGCAUUAAGACGGAAAGAAAUUCCACAAAUUAACUUUUAGCAAGGCACACCUGUUAAUUGAAAUGCAUUCCAGGUGACUACCUCAUGAAGCUGGUUGAGAGAAUGCCAACAGUGUGCAAAGCUGUCAUCAAGGCAAAGGGUGGCUACUUUGAAGAAUCUCAAAUAUAAAAUAUGUUGAUUAGUUUAACACUUUUUUGGUUACUACAUGAUUCCAUAUGUGUUACUUCAUAGUUUUGAUGUCUUCACUAUUAUUCUACAAUUUAGAAAAUAAUAAAAAUAAAAACCCUGGAAUGAGUAGGUGUCCAAACGUUUGACUGGUACGGUACAUAUGUGUGUAUAUAUGUGUGUAUGUAUAUAUAUAUAUAUAUAUACUGCUCAAAAAAAUAAAGGGAACACUUAAACAACACAAUGUAACUCCAAGUCAAUCACACUUCUGUGAAAUCAAACUGUCCACUUAGGAAGCAACACUGAUUGACAAUACAUUUCACAUGCUCUUGUGCAAAUGGAAUAGACAACAGGUGGAAAUUAUAGGCAAUUAGCAAGACACCCCCAAUAAAGGACUGGUUUUGCAUGUGGUGACCACAGACCACUUUUCCUGGCUGAUGUUUUGGUCACUUUUGAAUGCUGGCGGUGCUUUCACUCUAGUGGUAGCAUGAGACGGAGUCUACAACCCACACAAGUGGCUCAGGUAGUGCAGCUCAUCCAGGAUGGCACAUCAAUGCGAGCUGUGGCAAGAAGGUUUGCUGUGUCUGUCAGCGUAGUGUCCAGAGCAUGGAGGCGCUACCAGGAGACAGGCCAGUACAUCAGGAGACGUGGAGGAGGCCGUAGGAGGGCAACAACCCAGCAGCAGGACUGCUACCUCCGCCUUUGUGCAAGGAGGAGCAGGAGGAGCACUGCCAGAGCCCUGCAAAAUGACCUCCAGCAGGCCACAAAUGUGCAUGUGUCUGCUCAAACGGUCAGAAACAGACUCCAUGAGGGUGGUAUGAGGGCCCGAUGUCCACAGGUGGGGGUUGUGCUUACAGCCCAACACCGUGCAGGACAUUUGGCAUUUGCCAGAGAACACCAAGAUUGGCAAAUUCACCACUGGUGCCCUGUGCUCUUCACAGAUGAAAGCAGGUUCACACUGAGCACGUGACAGACUUGACAGAGUCUGGAGACGCCGUGGAGAACGUUCUGCUGCCUGCAACAUCCUCCAGCAUGACCAGUUUGGCGGUGGGUCAGUCAUGGUGUGGGGUGGCAUUUCUUUGGGGGGCCGCACAGCCCUCCAUGUGCUCGCCAGAGGUAGCCUGACUGCCAUUAGGUACCGAGAUGAGAUCCUCAGACCCCUUGUGAGACCAUAUGCUGGUGCGGUUGGCCCUGGGUUCCUCCUAAUGCAAGACAAUGCUAGACCUCAUGUGGCUGGAGUGUGUCAGCAGUUCCUGCAAGAGGAAGGCAUUGAUGCUAUGGACUGGCCCGCCCGUUCCCCAGACCUGAAUCCAAUUGAGCACAUCUGGGACAUCAUGUCUCGCUCCAUCCACCAACGCCACAUUGCACCACAGACUGUCCAGGAGUUGGCGGAUGCUUUAGUCCAGGUCUGGGAGGAGAUCCCUCAGGAGACCAUCUGCCUCCUCAUCAGGAGCAUGCCCAGGCGUUGAAGGGAGGUCAUACAGGCACGUGGAGGCCACACACACUACUGAGCCUCAUUUUGACUUGUCCUUAAAACAUUACAUCAAAGUUGGAUCAGCCUGUAGUGUGGUUUUCCACUUUAAUUUUGAGGGUGACUCCAAAUCCAGACCUCCAUGGGUUGAUAAAUUUGAUUUCCAUUGAUAAUUUUUAUGUGAUUUUGUUGUCAGCACAUUCAACUAUGUAAAGAAAAAAGUAUUUAAUAAGAUUAUUUAAUUCAUUCAGAUCUAGGAUGUGUUAUUUUUGUGUUUCCUUUAGUUUUUUUGAGCAGUGUGUGUGUAUAUAUAUGAUAUAUAUAUAUAUAUAUAUAUAUAUAUAUAUAUAUACACAGUGGGGAGAUUUUGAUACACUGCCGAUUUUGCAGGUUUUCCUACUUACAAAGCAUGUAGAGGUCUGUAAUUUUUAUCAUAGGUACACUUCAACUGUGAGAUACGGAAUCUAAAAAAAUCCAGAAAAUCACAUUGUAUGAUUUUUAAGAUAUUAAUUUACAUUUUAUUGCAUGACAUAAGUAUUUGAUACAUCAGAAAAGCAGAACUUAAUAUUUGGUACAGAAACCUUUGUUUGCAAUUACAGAGAUCAUACGUUUCCUGUAGGUCUUGACCAGGUUUGCACACACUGCAGCAGGGAUUUUGGCCCACUCCCCCAUACAGACCUUCUCCUUAACCUUCAGGUUUCGGGGCUGUCGCUGGACAAUACGGACUUUCAGCUCCCUCCAAAGAUUUUCUGUUGGGUUCAGGUCUGGAGACUGGCUAGGCCACUCCAGGACCUUGAGAUGCUUCUUACGGAGCCACUCCUUAGUUGCCCUGGCUGUGUGUUUCGGGUCGUUGUCAUGCUGGAAGACCCAGCCACGACCCAUCUUCAAUGCUCUUACUGAGGGAAGGAGGUUGUUGGCCAAGAUCUCACGAUACAUGGCCCCAUCCAUCCUCCCCUCAAUACGGUGCAGUCGUCCUGUCCCCUUUGCAGAAAAGCAUCCCCAAAGAAUGAUGUUUCCACCUCCAUGCUUCACGGUUGGGAUGGUGUUCUUGGGGUUGUACUCAUCCUUCUUCUUCCUCCAAACACAGCGAGUGGAGUUUAGACCAAAAAGCUCUAUUUUUGUCUCAUCAGACCACAUGACCUUCUCCCAUUCCUCCUCUGGAUCAUCCAGAUGGUCAUUGGCAAACUUCAGACGGGCCUGGCUUAAGCAGGGGGACCUUGCGUGCGCUGCAGGAUUUUAAUCCAUGACGGCGUAGUGUGUUACUAAUGGUUUUCUUUGAGACUGUGGUCCCAGCUCUCUUCAGGUCAUUGACCAGGUCCUGCCGUGUAGUUCUGGGCUGAUCCCUCACCUUCCUCAUGAUCAUUGAUGCCCCACGAGGUGAGAUCUUGCAUGGAGCCCCAGACCGAGGGUGAUUGACCGUCAUCUUGAACGUCUUCCAUUUUCUAAUAAUUGCACCAACAGUUGUUGCCUUCUCACCAAGCUGCUUGCCUAUUGUCCUGUAGCCCACUCCAGCCUUGUGCAGGUCUACAAUUUUAUCCCUGAUGUCCUUACACAGCUCUCUGGUCUUGGCCAUUGUGGAGAGGUUGGAGUCUGUUUGAUUGAGUGUGUGGACAGGUGUCUUUUAUACAGGUAACGAGUUCAAACAGGUGCAGUUAAUACAGGUAAUGAGUGGGGAACAGGAGGGCUUUUUAAAGAAAAACUAACAGGUCUGUGAGAGCCUGAAUUCUUACUGGUUGGUAGGUGAUCAAAUACUUAUGUCAUGCAAUAAAAUGCAAAUUAAUUAAAAAUCAUACAAUGUGAUUUUCUGGAUUUCUGUUUUAGAUUCCGUCUCUCACAGUUGAAAUGUACCUAUGAUAAAAAAUUACAGACCUCUACAUGCUUUGUAAGUAGGAAAACCUGCAAAAUCGGCAGUGUUUCAAAUACUUGUUCUCCCCACUGUAUGUAUGUAUGUAUGUAUGUAUGUAUGUAUGUAUGUGUGUGUGUGUGUGUGUGUGUAUAUAUAUAUAUAUAUAUAUAUCUUUUUUUUUUUUUUUUUACAGUAAUUAAAAUCAUACCGUCUGUAUUUCGAAAUACUGUAUUUCGUAUACUGUAUAAAUGGUAUAUCGCCCAAUCCUACAAUAUACAUUUUAUUAUUUUGAAUGCAGCGCCAUCUUCUCUGGCAGGGCUAAGUAAAGCAUUCCGGAGAGUAACCAGUGGACCAUUAUAGGACUCCAAUUGCCUGUGGAAAGAUGAGCCAUAAUUGCUAGGAAAAUAGUAGUCUCCGAUUAGAGAGGAAAGGUGGAGAGAGAGGGUAAACCACAGAGGGAGAUGUAACAUUAUCCAGACUAUCAUCUUUCAGAAAGCAUGGCUUGGGUUUUAAUGAGAGACAGUUACUAGAUCCAUGAUAUCAAGUAAUCUUUGCCUUAUUAUUUUUUGCUAACAUUUCCCAUGGUAUUGGGUUGCGAGACUGAGAGUCUUAAAGCCAGUUAUUUGAUCAGGGUUUGCGGGGGAGAUAUAUUAAACUGCUGCCUCGACUGACCAAACCAUUUUUUUUAUUCUUUAGAGGGGUUUGUCCUGACCUUUUUUCAGAGGCACCAAAAUGUUAUUCUGUAGUGUUGUUGCUAUGUGUUAUUUACUACCCCUAGAGUGCCUUUAUGGGCUGGCAUCAGAGCCUUGGGUAUGUCAGGAAUACCACAGAAUGCAGAACCACAUGGCCAGCCAGAGAGAAGGGGGAAUUCAAACUAUCUCACUGAGCAUUUUAUAUAUUCUGUAAUGAUGAGCGUUGGGGCUUGGCUUAGGGUCUCCAGGAUUCCAGACAGUGACCGCAUUUCCAUCCACAGUUUUUAUGCGAGCAAAGUCAUACUGUAUAAAAGAAAAAUCAAGACAGCUGUGAUGGAAACAGGAAGUUUCAGUAUAAUUUUAUAAAUGCAGACAGAUAAUUAGUUCAUUCAACAUGGUGGGGUGUUUUUGUGUCUGUAAAAUGUAUUAUGUGAGAAAUGGAGGUGGAAAUGCCAAACUAAGAGUCGCGAUGAUAUGGUGUGUGAUCCUCCCGCUAGGCUAGGCUACAGAUUAAUGAAGUUAUGAUGAACUUCACAGGGUGGUGAAUAUGCAUGCUUGAUGCUCCUUGACUGCCGUUUGAAAAGUACAAAUAUUCUCGCUCUUAUCCAUAAUAAUCACAUCAUGUAGACUAGCUACCAGCACAGUAUCUGCGAGCUGUUGGCUAGAGCCCAUGUGCUAAGACCAGAGUAGGCACAUUUGGCUAUUUAACACAACAGUUUUUGUGACGACUAUCGGUAAAGUUGAAAAUGCGAUGGAAACACAUUGACCUUUUUAGAUUUGUAUUCGGUACAUGAAAAUUUAAGCGGGAAAUUACAUUUAGUGUGCACUAUGUCAUCACGCUGAUUUUUCUCCGCAACAAGUCUGUCGGCAAUUGGAUUGAAACCUAGUUAGUGUGGGUUGGAAAUCCAUUGGUCUCUCUUCCUCAAGUGAUCCCCUCCCCUUUCAACUAAACUAUUAGGGCAGACUAACCCUAGCUCUAUUUUCAGGAUAUUUUGCAGUUUAUUUGUUUGAUAUCAGUCGUAAAUCUAACCCAUGUUUUUGUGAAUCUCCUCUCUGUUGUAGGAGCUGCAGGUUGGCACCAUUAAUCCAGUGUGACUAUUGCCCCCUCCUUUUCCACAUGGACUGUCUGAACCCCCCUCUUACUGCCAUGCCUGUGGGCAAGUGGAUGUGUCCCAAUCACUUAGAACACAUGGUGGUAAGUCUGUGAAAGCCUGUACGGCCAGCAUUUUCAUGGUCACGCACAUCUACGUAUUGAAAACGUAUUGAUGUUGUUUUAAUGGGAUUGACCUGAUUGUGCCCCUCUCUCCCAGCUGAAGCAGAGGAGCCUGACGUUGAGCAGUCGCUGCCAGCUGUUUGACCAGUUUCAGGACAGGAUGUCCCAGCAUGCCGUCAAGGUGGACUUCCUGCAGCGGGUGCAUCGUCUCAACACCCCCGUCCGCCGAGGAGCCCACACACAACUGAAGAAAACCCUCAAGGUCAGCCUGCUAGUCCCUGUAGUAUUAUUGUGGGUUAAAGCAUUGCUUCCUCUGUCAGAUGAGGUGACAUGUAACACACCACUGUGGUCACUCUUGUCACAUCUUGUAAUUAGACCCAUCUUGUGUGUGUGUGUGUGUGUGUGUCUCGACAGGUCCCUGAUUCUAUAAAGUCCCAGUACAAGUGUCCCCCGGCCAUGAUUGCCCCGGCAGGGAUCCGCAACGAGGAGCUGGUCUGUAACAGCAGUCCAGAAUCCCUUCAGCAGCACCUUACACCCUCUCAGCAUUUAACCAGCGAGGAUGAGCAACAGGAGGUAGGACACUGGCAUGUUACCCAGCAGUGAUACACAAUACAAUGUCUCAUGAGAGUAAACAAAUCCCACAUCUUUAAUACUGAUUGAAGGUGUUUUGUUUUCCUGUGUUUUCUCCUAGUGGCUCAGAGAUGUCAUCACACUCCAGUGCAGCAUAGUGAGACAUCUGUCAGCCAAGCAGAAGCUGUCGUCCGAUUGGGACUCUGAUAAAACGGACAAGGCCGACAUCAAACCCUGUGUCACAGCAGAAGAGGGCAGUGCUGUGUGCACUUCUAACAGGACAGAGUCGCCAGCCUCCAAGCCUAAAGCUGACAGUGCAGCAGUUUGCCCCCAGGGGCUGCCUGCACUCAAGGAAGGGAAGUGUAGCAUGUGUACAGAGAAGCCUUGUCACAACUGUGGGCCCAGUAAUGUUAACGGUCCCCUGGAGCAGCUGGCUUGGACCAAUGGGAGUCCAGAGGCCUGCAGACAGGACAACCUCCACAAGCUGAGAGAGCCCUCAGGUCCUGAUAGGCCCGUUCCUCAGACACCAGCAGCCUCCAGCCCGGAGUUACCCAACCACACUGGUGAAGCUGUGGUCAAGACUGAGAACACCCUGUUAAGACCCUGUCCAGGGACGGCCUUCUCAUCCAUCAGUCCCUUCAAACCAGACCCCAGAGGCCCCUCUCCACCUCACAGACCCUCCCCAGGCACAGAGGGCCCUGCUCUAACCAGUAGCAGCAGCACUGUGGGGACCUGUGCCCUCACCCCACCCAGAGCACCAUACCAGAUCAAGGGGAUGACCAAGCUGGGCUCCACCCCACCAGCAGAUGGAAAAGUCAGUCUUGAUGCUGUGACCACCAGGAGUGGUUCUCUGCUCCCCAGCUCUUUCUCUAUGGGAGACCUGUCCAGCUGUCUGAAGGCUAUGGCAGACUGCCAUGGUGGUAAGUCUCACCUGAUUUAAGACAUACAUUUAGAUUGGUUUCACAUUUGAUUAAUUGGUGAGGAAAAGUUGGAUCCACACUAACUGAAUUCACUCUCUUUUUGCUAAUAACAACAUGAUUAUUUUCCACAGAGAUUCAGAUGAGUAGUCUGGAUGAGAAGUUUAUUGAACUCCUGGCAUGGCAGAGGAUCCAUCAGCUGUUUGGGCCUAAAGCUUAUUCCCCUCCACAGAGCAGCUGUAUCAGCCUACCUCCUGUGCCACAACCCCAGCCUACAGAAGGUAAGAAACCCUUGUUCAUUAUCAACACCAUUUUGUAUUCCCUAUAUUUAUACUUCACUGACUCACUGUCCAUUCCCUCACUAACCUUACCUCACCAUCUUCACUCCUAUCAUUCUGUCCAUUCCCUCACUAACCUUACCUCACCAUCUUCACUCCUAUCAUUCUGUCCAUUCCCUCACUAACCUUACCUCACCAUCUUCACUCCUAUCAUUCUGUCCAUUCCCUCACUAACCUUACCUCACCAUCUUCACUCCUAUCAUUCUGUCCAUUCCCUCACUAACCUUACCUCACCAUCUUCACUCCUAUCAUUCUGUCCAUUCCCUCACUAACCUUACCUCACCAUCUUCACUCCUAUCAUUCUGUCCAUUUCUGUUGAUGUCCAUUACUUCUAUCCCCCUUUUUAUCAUGUUUGUAAAUUAAUCUCUUGUAUGGAUUAGUUUGUCCUGUAUUGUUACCUUUGACUGUUCUGUAUUUUGCAGCAUUGUGAGGAAGAUAAUGUGUUCUUUUCUUUCUCAGCACAAAACAAGGAUAUCCAGGCCAGGGCUGUGUUUUGUCCUUUGACUGGGAAAGGAGGAGCUGUCAGUAUGUGCUACAGAAGCCUGUACAUAGGAACGGGUAAGAUUCACUCCCAGUCCCAAAUAUCACAUGAUCCAAUAACAGGACCUUCUAUUCAUGUAAAGGUGUCUUCCAUCCCUGGCAGAUUUUGCUGACUUGAGGUUAUGUCUUGUUAUUUGCAGGUGCUGACAUGGACGUGUGCCUUACAAACUAUGGUCAUUGUAAUUAUGUUUCAGGAAAACAUGCCUGCAUCUUCUAUGAUGAGGUGAGUGGGUCAUUUCACAUUCAAACCUGUACUUGGUAUUGGAAUCAAUUUUACAGUAAGUUGUGAACUGUAAAGAAAUGCAGUAUAAAUAAGUUUGAGAUGUAUUCUUUCUUGCUUGGGGGAUUCUUUUUAGAAGCUGCUCUGUAAAUUAAAUAUUUCAUUCUGCCUUGAUCAGAACACCAAGCAGUAUGAGCUGCUCAACUACAGUGAACACGGGACCACGGUGGACAAUGUGCUGUACUCCUGUGACUUCUCUGAGAAGACUGGCCCCAGCCCCUCCAGCAGCCUGGUCUCCAAAGUGCAGAAUAUUAUCAGUGAGUGGAGCUCCUCUUUGUCAUGGCCUCCUAUAGAAACAGGAAAGAAUUAACAUUUACCUUUGAUAAAGGACCAUGCUCUGACAUGAUGGCAUGUUUCCUAAUGUUGUUAAAGCAGAGGCAGGUGAUGGUGUUGUUUGUUAAAGGUCUGAGUGUUUGUAAUGCUUGUAACCUACAGAGCGCUGCAAGAGGAGGAAGCAGGAAGAUGAAGGGGUGGGGGAGCCCAUGGUGCUAGAGGAGAGGGUGAUGUGCCAGUGUCAGGUGAAUCCUUCUAGACCCUGCUGCGACUGCAAGGCCAGCAGCUCCAGUCUGAUCGGGGGCAGUGGGGCAGGCUGGGAGGGCACUGCCCUGCUCCACCACGGCAGCUUCGUCAAGCUGGGCUGCAUGCAGUUUGUCUUCAGUAUUACAGAGUUUGCCUGCAAGCAGCCUAGAAAGGAAACCCUUAACACCCCAACCACCACCGCUGCCACCCCCCAGAGCCAGGAGGGAACAGAACCCUCUGACAAGCACACGUCCACCUCCCAGCUCUACCAAGUGCCAGUGCUGCACCCUAACCCUGUCCCCUAGCCCCAUCAUGUCCCCUCAGCAACAAGAAUCAGCCUCAGCAGCUAUACUUUGUAUACUGCAUAAAAAAAGGGAUGCUUUUUUGAUGUUCAUACAUUUGCAUGAAAUGAAUUAUUUUUCAGUCUCCGAUUUUGUGGGCAAGUUGCACAUACAAUUUGUAUUGUUAUUUUUUGUAAAUGGACAAUUUUCUGAAAGUAAUUGAAUUGGCAUUGAAAAAGGGAUGGCUUAUCGUUGACAUUAUGUGAAAAAAUUGAAACGUUUCCAGCCAACUUGUAAAGUACUCAACUCGUUCUAUUUUUGCCAGUAAUGAUGGCAUAAACUUUUUUUUAUGCAACUUUUAUUUACUCUUUAUAAUUUUAGUUUGUGUACUGUAUUUGAAAAUGUAGUUCUGUUCAGAUGUUUGUUUUGCUAUUAUUGCACUACAGUAGCACUAUAUUCAAAUGUAUGUGUAUACAUACAUGUGUUGUAUACAUGGUUGUGUGUGUGUGUGUGUUGAAAUAUAUACACACACACACAAAAUAUACAUGAUUUAAGAAUCAUUUUUCAACAGAACAAGGGAAGCAUAGGAUUCUGUAUGCAAACU